CAGACCAUGAAUGUGUCCGAAAGAGAAACCACCCGCUUCGUUAGCCACUUUAUCCUCAUGGGCUUCCCCUCAAGCCCAGAGAUGCAGCUCCUCUACUUCGGGUUCUUCUCAGCAGCCUAUACACUGACCCUGGUGGGGAACACAGCCAUUGUCUGUGCCGUGUGGUGGGACCAGCGCCUUCACACUCCCAUGUACAUCCUCUUGGGGAAUUUCUCUUUCCUGGAAAUAUGUUAUGUCACCACAACCAUCCCUAACAUGUUGGUCAACUUCCUGUCCACGAUCAAGUCCAUCUCCUUUGUGAGCUGCUUUGCACAGUUCUACUUCUUCUUCUCCUUUGGGUGUGACGAGGGCUUCUACCUUUGCAUCAUGGCCUUUGACAGGUACCUUGCCAUCUGCCGUCCGCUGCAUUACUCACGCAUCAUGACUAAACAGCUGUACACUGGUCUUGUCAUCUUUGGCUGGUCCUGUGGCUUCAUCCUCUUCCUAACCCCAGUUGUUCUCAUUUCACACUUGCCCUAUUGUGGCCCAAAUAUCAUAGACCAUUUUUUGUGUGAUCCUGUCCCGUUGAUGAUGCUGUCCUGUUCUGAAGACACCACCACACAAUUCAUUUACUCCACUGUCAAUGCUAUUUUCAUGAUUGGCACCUUUCUCUUCAUCCUUUGCUCUUACGCUCUGGUGAUUCUGGCUGUGCUGAGGAUGCCCUCAGCAGCGAGCAAACGCAAGGCUUUCUCCACUUGUGCUUCUCAUCUGGCUGUGGUAGUUCUGUUUUUUGGUCCUGUUAUGGUGAUGUAUGUUAGUCCUGGGUCAGGACACUCAGUAGAAAUGCAAAAAAUCAUUACUUUGUUUUAUUCUGUGAUAACACCCCUCUGCAAUCCUCUAAUCUACAGUCUCCGGAACAAGGAGAUGAAGGCUGCCCUAAGGAGAGCUUUUGGGACUGAAAUACCUGUUCAUAAAACAUAAAUC